AUGCAUAUGUUGAACAUCCUAUUUGUGCUCUUGGCCUUUAAGGCUACUCACGCGGCCGCGGAUAGUGUCACGGUCAAACUCGACCUCAUCGACGCUCCGGACUGGACCCACAACAUUCGCGACGGAUAUUGCUCGCACCAGGGCGUAAGCCGGACAGGGUGA